CGGACGGCAGUCCCAAGGCACCCUCGCCGUCCUCAGAAUAUCUCGCAUCACGCCGGGUCCAAUAUCCCGCAGGCUUUGUAUCUCUUCGGAAACAUUGUGAGCAGUUAUGGCCAGGAAAUGAACAGUAUCGGCGGCCCAGUCGUGAAUAGGCUCGAGUUCCGAAACCUAUAGCUGACCUGGUCAUCCGCUGAGAGGCUUGUGGUGAACUUCCAGGUUGUCGAAAUAUGGGAAAGUGUUGGAUGCUGUGGGAAGCGAGGGUGGAUCUGAUCAAUCAAAACGGUUGAACUCCACCAAUCAGGAGGGGGUCUGUUGCUUGCAGCGCAGGCAGCUGGUUUGAAACCUUGUAUAUCCCAGCUCGAGGCGUGCCAUGCUGGCGUCGCUGGCACGCUGGGAGAGGGCGGCCAAACCUCCGAAACGCCCGGUUCAGGUUGGUUGGGACAGGGACGAGAGCGGAGCCGGGAUCCGACGUUCAAAUUAAAGAUAGGAAAACAGCGAGUGCCGGCGGAAGGCCUGGCAUAGCGUGCAAAAAACGGCAGCGCCAUCGGCGCGGGGGCCAAACAUGGCGUCGCGGGUGGCACGGAAAGAUCGCGGAAGCUUGGACCACAAGACAACUUGCAUCGAUUUCGGCCCAGGCUCGAGUUCGGCUUCUUAUUCGGGUCGGCCUGUGAUUUGUCGGCCCUCUAUCCGCGUAUCCAAACAUCACCACUUCCAACGGCCUCAGGUCGCAGACGGAUAAAUACCACUGGCGCUGCAGGCCUUGCACCGCAUGCAAACCAGCCGGGUGCUACCAUGCCAUUGACCACAGGUUCUCUGUUAUGGGAUGAUAAACGCGCACCAACGCAGUUUCCCGCAGUGCCCGCCUGCUGCCCGGCGCUCCUGCUGGUUCAGAUGAGCCGGCUGGCAGGCUGGCAGUGAUCGACACGGCAAAUUGCCCACCCGCAAGGAAUUCCACAUGGAAUCUGGAAGGAGCCAUCGGGGGGCAAGUGAAUCGCGAGCAACCUACCUAUUUUAUCAGCCAUAGUUCCCACCUGCAGUUUACCGUCUCUCCCCCAUAGUACUUGCUUCCAACAGCAAACAUGGCACAGACCGAGACGCUGCUGCAGACAUUGGCGGCCAAGCUGCCACUUCUGCUAUCCACGGCUGGGCUGCUUGUGGCUGUUUUUCUGGCCCAGGUGCUCCUCAAAGGGAACCCACUCGCAAAUCUCCCUGUCGCCCUGGAUGAUCUUCCCAGCGAUGAAAAACGACGACAGGCCUUUUUGACGCGGGCCAAGGAUGUUUACGCUACCGGGUAUAAGAAGUUCAAAGACAGAGUCUUCCGAAUCAUCACGUCGAACAAGUACCAUGUCAUCAUUGUGCCCCCAAAGUAUCUCAAUGAGCUCAAGAGUCUUCCCGACGACACAGUCAGCUUUGACGGCGCUCUUGAGCAGACCAUGCACGCCAAAUACACCAAGCUCGAAGUCGGCCACAAGCUCAUUCCUCACAUCGUCAAGAGCAACUUGACGCCCUCGCUGGUGCGACUAAAUCCCACCAUUGCCGAAGAAGUCCAAGAAUCUUUCCGUCGGGAGAUGCCCGAAUGCGACGACUGGACUCCUGUCAACAUCAACUACAAGCUUCUCCGUAUCGUUGCCAUGGUGUCAGGCCGCGUCUUUAUCGGCCCGGAACUGAGCCGUUCAGAGGAAUAUGUCGAUGCGGCCAUCAACUACACCAUUGACCUCAUGCACGCUCGCCAGGCUGUCGACACCAUGCGCCCAUGGCUCCGCCCUUUUCUUGCAAAUCGUCUUCCCGAGAUCAAGAAGUUAAACAAGCGCCUUGCUCAAGCCGAUGCCUUCAUUAGACCCAUUGUCGCCCAUCGCAAAAAGCUCCCCAAGGAGCAGGCCCCUGAUGACAUGCUGCAGUGGAUGCUCGAUGGCCAGUCUGAGAAGUUUGGCGGUGAAUACAAGACCGAGACCCUUGCCAGAAUGCAGCUGGGCAUUAGCUUUGCUGCAAUUCACACCACUACCAUGACCACGACCAACGUCUUUUACAACCUGGCCGCCUACCCCCAAUAUGUCUCUGUGCUACGUGAUGAAGUCCGAGAGGUCCUCGCACAGAACAAUAACACGUUCACGUCGGCUGCUCUUCAAGGCAUGAAGAGGCUGGAUUCUUUCAUCAAGGAAACCAUGCGAAUCGACCCCGCCGGUUUUGCGGGGUUCCAACGUCGCGUAUACAAGCCCUUUACCCUCUCCAACGGUCAAGUGAUCCCCGCCGACGUUAUAAUCGAGGUGCCGGCCCACGCCCUUGCGAAAGACCCCGACGUAUUUGAAAACCCAGACCAGUUCAAUCCUUGGCGGUUUUACGACAUUCGACAGAAGGCCAGGGAGCAGGGCGCAGUCGAGGAGGCUGCUCAGAACCAGUUCGUCAGCGUCAACCCAUUGGUCUUGACGUUUGGGUACGGAAGACACGCCUGCCCAGGCCGGUUCUUCGCCGCAAACGAAAUCAAAAUGAUUAUCGCCAACACCAUCUUGAUGUACGAUAUGAAGAUGAUGGACGGACACACCCAGCGGUACCCCAAUCUUGAAUUUGGACUUUCGUCUGUUCCUGAUCCCACCAAGGAGCUUCUUUUCAAGCGAAUCGAGAUUGCUUAGACGUGAGCAGAAGCACACACCCAAAGCACGUGUUUUGGGGAAGCAGCAGCUACUAGGUAAUAGAAACAAAUUAACCGAUGCAAGAAUCACUCCACAGUUACUUUGGGUAAUGAAAUUUUCAGUCGAUGGCCUCCAGAUCCAGGGGCCAGAGUACUGGGAGCCAAUAUUUUGAACACAUGACUAUGAGCCUUG